AUGUCUUGCGAUUUAACAGAUCCAGCAAUUCAAGAAGCAUAUGAGGAGAUCAUUAGUGGUCAAGAUACUAACUGGCUCAUUCUUGGUUAUCAUGACACACGAGACAAAAUUUCCCUUUAUUCGAAAGGUACUGGAGGUCUCGAUGAACUCCGUAAUAAUCUCAGAGAAGAAGUACUUUAUGGAUUCCUUAGAAUUGAAAACCGAUUUGUCCUGCUGACUUAUGUUACCCGCGCUUUAGUCCACGGCAGAGCCGUUGGUGCAUUGUUCAAGCAGGCACAUCAAAUUCAAAUUAAUGCUUCCACACCAAAUGAUCUUACGGAAGCUAAUGUUCGUAACAGAUUGAAACUAGGUGAACCAGCUGAGAGACCAAAUUCUCCUCCAGGUCCGAAACGUAAUCAAACACUUCCCAGUACCCCACCGGCUGGAAGUCCAGUUCAAUCCCAAGUUCCUGUGUCACCAAUUUCACCUAAACCUGAACCAGGAAAUGAUGAAGCUCUUGAAUCUGAAAGACGCGCUGCAGAAGAUGCUGAAAGGCUAGCACGUGAAAAAGGUGAACGUGAUGCAGUAGCUCAAAGAAAAGUGGCUGAACAAGUUGCCAGAGAGGCUGCCCAAAGGAGAGCUCUCGAAGAAGCUGAAAGAAAAAAACAAGAAGCUGUAGAACAAGAAAGAAGAGAAAAAGCUGCAUCAGAAGCAAAAGCUAAGGCUGAACUUGAACGUAAAAAUCGUGAAGAAGCCGAACGAAAACGUAAUGAAGAACUUAGGAACAGGUUUGCUGAAUUGGAAAAGAGUGGCAAGGUUACAUUAAGUGGGUACAUUACUGUUCAAGGUGGUGCUUACAUACUCAAUUAUCCACUUACAUACCCAUUUAUUCAUCUCGAUAAAUAUGCAACUGUUCAACCAAAUGUACAACAGUUUUGGAAACGUCGUUUCUUUGAACUUCGCGGCAAGACACUCUACCUUUUCCGAGAUGAAACUGAUAAACUUCCUAUUUCUAAACUUGAACUUGAUGGACAAGUCACUGGCGUAACAGAUGCACAAUCCGAGGUUUUAAUACUUAAUUCCUUUAAAGUUGAUUUUCGAUCGUCAGAACCGUAUUAUUUCUUCUCUGAUGACAAAAAGAAUAAGGAAUUGAUUGUCGCAGCUAUAGGCAGAUAUGCUAAAUAA